AGCUAGUGGCUCGCGGAGAUCAUCACAUAAGUGAAGAUCUUAUCUUGCUGGGGUGCACGUAGAUUCUUCGUAUUCUUGGCCAUGGAUGUGAAGCUGAUCUCCACCGGAAUACAAUAUUCGAGCCUGCCGGAGAGCUAUAAGCGGCCGGAAUCAGAAAGGCCUAAGCUGUCUGAGGUGGAGGACUGCGAAAACGUCCCCAUAAUUGACCUGGAUUGUGAAAACAGAAGCCUUGUCGUCCAGCAAAUCGGAGAAGCUUGCCGGGACUAUGGAUUUUUCCAGGUGAUAAAUCAUGGAGUGGAAAAGGAAGCGGUGGAGAAGAUGGUGGAAGCGGCGAAAGAGUUCUUCAGUUUGCCGGUGGAGGAGAAGAUGAAGCUGUACUCCGACGAGCCUUCGAAGAAGGUGAGGCUGUCGACCAGUUUUAACGUGAAGAAGGAGAAGGUUCACAAUUGGAGAGACUAUCUCAGGCUCCAUUGCUUCCCUUUGGACCAGUAUCUCCCUCAGUGGCCUUCCAAUCCUCCUUCUUUCAGGGAUGCUGCAAGCACAUACUGCAUGGAAGUGAGAAAAUUUGGGCUGAGACUAGAGGAAGCAAUAUCAGAGAGCCUAGGCUUGCAGAAAGCACACAUCGAAACUGUUCUGGGCCAGCAAGGCCAACAUAUGGCUGUGAAUUUCUACCCACCAUGUCCACAGCCCGAGCUCACCUAUGGCUUACCUGCCCACACAGACCCAAACACCUUCACCAUUCUUCUUCAGGACCUCCAUGUCUCUGGCCUCCAAGUGCUCCACAAUGGCAAAUGGUGCACCGUCAAGCCCCUCCCUGAUGCCUUCGUCGUGAACAUCGGUGACCAAUUGCAGGCACUAAGUAAUGGGAGAUACAGAAGUGUGUGGCACCGGGCCAUCGUGAAUGCCGAGAAGCCAAGGAUGUCGGUGGCCUCUUUCCUUUGCCCUGCCGACGACGCCUUGAUUAGCCCCCUAGAAGAGCUCACUGGAGAUGGAAUCGGCGUCGUCUACCGAGAUUUUACGUACGCCGAGUAUUACAAGAAGUUCUGGAGUAGGAAUCUGGACCAAGAGCAUUGCCUGGAACUGUUCAAGAACUAAUGGCUAUGGAAAUUAGGGCUUUGCUAUGUUGCCCAUUGUCGGGAAACAUAGCAUUUGCCCGGCAGUGAGAGGAACGAGGGGCCCAAUGUACGUAGGGCCGCGCCUGCACAUGGGCCCCACAUGCAUGGGGCCCACGCCCCCCUCAUGCCCCCCUCAUUGCUGGGUAAAUGCUAUGUUGCCUGGCAGUGGACAACAUAGCAUUGUCGAUGAAAAUUAAUUAAGGUUUUUUUUUGUUUAAGUUGUGUAAUAACGUUAAAGAUUGGGUAACGUUUAAGCUAAUAACGUGUUUGGAUAAA